UAUGUCGUUGCUUAGAUACAUUCGUUUGAUCGAUAUUUUAUAUAGCACUGUAUGUAAAAUUUUACAGCAAGCAAGGAAGGAAAAAGAGAAGUUGCAUCACAUUGAGUGAAUUAUUUGUCAAAAUUCGAAUUUGAAUGAUGGCAAUAAUUAUCAAGGAUUAUUAUUGGCGACAGACAGAGAAGAGGAUAAUAAUUUACGUGCCUCUGAGAGGUCAUCCUAAAAAUGUACACUUAUUCGUAAUGGAUGAUUAUGUAAAGAUUAGCUUUCCACCCUUUUUUUUGGAAUUAUUUCUAUGGGCAAACGUGCUUGAGGAAGAGAGUGAAUGUACUUUGACAGAUGCUGAAGCUAUAUUCUCUUUGCAAAAAGCAAACGUGACUUCUGUCUGGCCAAAUCUCGUGAAGGACAUUAAUGAAGAGCAGAAACGCGAAUUUAGAAAACGAGCUAUAGAAAAGGCACAAAGUAUUUCGGAUAGUCGUGUGAAGUAUAAAAGCGACGAACGUCAACGUUUGCGAAAAGAAGGAGUGAAGGUGCAAGUAAAUUUGGAUACCGACACGUUAAAUAAAAUAGAGGCUUUAAAAGAUUCUCAUCGUAGAGCUGCAAUGCAGGAUUUUGAAGAAUGGCGAUCGAAGGCGGAAUUGCCGAUUUUUCAGGAUAUUUCCGGGGAGGUGCAAGAAAACAGGAACGCAUAUAGGCCUCCGCUUAAAUGGUUCAAGGAUGAACUCGGUAUCCUGCAAUCUUGGGAAAUUAAUGAAAAAGAAAAAUUAAAUAAAGAUCUAAAAGAAAUAAAGGAAAAGCAACGAGAUCCAGUAAUUAUAGAAGAACUAAUUGAAGAAAAUCCGAAGAGGGAAUCAUCGGUCGAAGGAAAUUUGAAGAAAGAAUUAAUUAUCGAAGAAAAUAUAGAAGAAAGCUCAAUUAUCGGAAAAGAACUGAAAGAGGAAUUAAAUAUUGAAGAGAAACUGGAGGAAGGACUAAUUGUUAAAGAAAGCUCGAAGACAGAAUUAAUUGACAAAGCAAAUCUUGAAGAAAUUUUUGUUGAAAAUAUUCAGAAAGAAACGAAUAAUAGUUUAGGGAUAAAGAAGACAACUCAGAAUAAGAUCGAUCUUCAAGAACAAUCUAGUUGUUCCGAAGAUUCGGAAUCGGAUUACGAAAUCAUCUCCUCAAAAUCUGCAAUAAAUCCUUUAAUCCAAAAAAUGAACCCAAAAUCUUCGCGAAAAUUCUCUGCAAAAGUGAAGAAAGAAAGAUCGGACCAGAAUUUGAUCGAUAAAGUACUGAAGAAUCGAUAUUCCAAGAUGAAUCGGAUAUUUGAUGAACCUGCAAAGGCAGUUCCACUUCCCAGAAAAAGUGGAACCAUUAACAUAACUUUCUCUGAACGAGCCUUUCCUACUCCAGCCCGGGAAAGUGCUCUUGUUGAAGAGGAAGAAUGGCUUGCAAAACAAGUAGAAGCUAGAAGAAAAACGGGAUUUGUUGUCGAGGAUCUUCGUCCUGAAGAGCAGGAUCCUCAAUGGUUGAAGGAUAAGGGCGAUGAUUUCUUCAAGACAGGAAAUUAUCUGGCUGCCAUAAGUGCGUAUACACACGGGAUUAAAAUUAGUAACGAGAUGACGGCACUCUACGUGAACAGAUCGGCAGCACAUUAUGCUCUCGGAAAUUAUUACAGAUGCAUUGACGAUUGUUCUAAGGUAUUGGAACUGAUGGAACCGAAAUGUGAGAGUAACAGAGUAUCGCGAGCGAGAUGUCAUGCUCGUCGAGGUGCUGCACUUUGCAAAUUGUCUUCACCGCAACACGGAAUCCCUGAACUAGAGGCUGCUCUGAAAUUAGAUCCUAAUAACGAGAGCAUUAAGCACGAUCUUCUUAGCGUUAAACAAUAUUUUAAUAUAAAGGAAUAAAAAUAGGGAGAAAGAGGAUAACAA